AUGGAGGUGGAGGCGAGCGGCCCGUGCUCGAAGAAGAGGAAGUCGGCGGCAGAAGGGCGCGGCCCGGAAGCUACGGCGGAUCCGCCGCUGGACGCAGCGGAAGGUGGCGGGCCGGCGACCGCAUCAGCGGCCUUCCCGACGGCGUCCUCGGGGACAUCGUCUCGCUCCUCCCCACCAGGGAAGGCGCGCGCACGCAGAUCCUCUCCUCCCGGUGGCGCCACCUCUGGCGCUCCGCCCCUCUCAACCUCGACUACCGUCCAUUCUUAUUCCACGCGGAGGGCCUCGACGCCAUUGUGUCUCGCAUCCUCACCUCACACCGAGGCCCCGGCCGCCGCUUCUGCGCGCCCGUCUACCACCUCCCCGUCGACCGAGCCGACGCCUGGCUCAGAUCCCCCCGCCCUCGACAACCUCCACGAGCUUGAGCUCUGCAGCUUCAACUACAAGUACAGCUUACCGUAUCCACGGGGAAUACCGCAGCCGGCGCCGCUGCCUGCAGCUGCCUUCCGCUUCUUUGACACCCUCGGCGUUGCCACCAUCGGAGAGUGCCACAUCCCUGACAGCAUGGCCCAGGCGCUUUUCUUCCCUAAGCUUAACAAGCUCGGGCUUGAAAAUGUCACCAUAUCCGAAUCCUCACUACAAACCAUGAUUGAUGGUUGCCCCGCUCUAGAGUGCUUGCUGAUUCGCCGCUGCUCUGGCUUCCGUUGUGUCCGAAUCAACUCCAUCAGCCUUAGAGGCAUAGGUGUGGAAGCUUAUCGGGGAGAGCUCAUCAUAUUAGAGGAAGUCAUCAUCGAGAAUGCCCCUUGUCUUGAAAGGUUGCUCCUAUUUGGCUCAGCUGAAUCCCGACAUAUAUCGGUAAUCUCCGCACCUAAAUUGGAGACCCUAGGCUGCCUAUCUUCCCAUUUAUCUGAUUUUUGUCAACAUGAUUUUAGUACCACACUCACGCUAUACUCGACAGUUAUUCAGGGAUUGCGUGUUGAUAGCUUGACGAAGACGGUGCGCACUGUCAAGAUUUUAUCUGUUCGUAUGAUUGCUCUUAGUUUGGAUGUUGUUAUUGACUUGAUGAGAUGCUUUCCUUGCUUGGAAAGGCUGUACGUUGAGUCAAUUCAGCCAGGGAAAAAGAAUUUGUGGCGCCGUAAACACCAGAAUCUAAUAAGAUCUCUUGACAUCCGUCUGAAGACAAUUGACUGA